AUGGGGAGAGGGACCAGCGUGUGCAACUACCGUGGCUAUGUGAAAUUGAAUCGAACGAAAUUCGAAAAGGAUUUGCUGGAACUGAAGCGGGGAUUGGAGAAGAACCUUCUUGGAAAGCCCGAAACGAUGGUUCCCGAUCAAGAAGAGAUUGGUAGUUUUCUGCGCUCGAAUGGUUGGCUACUGAGUGGAUUCUUAGCCGGCUGGCUGCUUGGUUUUGGUAUUGCUUGA